CGACAGCUACCUUGGCAUUCCUUAAAGUCAAUGGAACCAAUAUCAAUUUACGACUACAAAUUGCAUGUCAUUUGGGAAAACCGGAGAACUCUACUCAAAACGUGUUUCCUCGUUCUCUACAUCAUCACAACAAAAUUGUAAUAUUAGUAUACAAAGAAGUCUUGGCAGAAUGGCACUACAAAUCGUUACACUCACUAUAUUUACUAUAUUAUUAAUUUUUAUAGAUUUUUGUGCUACUGAAGAAUUAGGGUUGUUUUCGAAAAGGAUAAAAAGAUGGAAUUCUGAAAAUAUGUAUGCCUAUGCAAACCCGCCAAGCCACUGGGGAUACCAUAGUGGCCAAAGUCCCAUAGCAAGAAAAGACUACAACGUGCGCGUACCUUGCAACCACCAGCCACAUCAAGCGGUCCAUCAAGAACAACCAAAACCAUUACCGGCCAACCCCCACUAUGAUUUUGAUCCUACACAUUAUAAUAGAUUUUACUACAAACAACCAUACUACCAACAGCCAAGUCCCCAAUAUAAUCAAGAUUAUGAGCGCGGCUACAAUCAUGGCUUUUACCAGGCACUGUUGUACCACCAGAGAGCUCAUCACCCACCGAGUCCUGGUCACCACAAUAGCCCAGUCGCCGGGACCGGCGGGCGAGGCGACGGCAGCCGGCCCGGAAAUAUGAAGCCUGUUCCUAUAAAAGUCUUCGAUAGGCUGGAGACAACGACAGAAAAAAGUGACAACAAACAAUUUACUAACAUAAAACUAGAAAACAUUCAGCCCCUAGAAUUUUACGACAGACCCAAGAUGUCGUCAGAAAUAGGAAAGAAGCCUGAAAUUACUGAAAAAAAUAAGGCCACCAAAGAUCCUAGUGACGAUAUCAGCCUCAUGAUUAACAAAUCUCCAACUCCAACAAACAAGCUUGGUUCUGAUGAACCAGUUGCCAUAGAAUCUGAAGAUAACGACGCAGGCAGAACUAUAAAAUUUCAAGAUGUAUAUUUAAAGACAGAGCUUCCGUCUGAAAACCCUUGUGACGAUUAUGACCCCAAAAAGCCAGUUUUUUUUUCUCCAGAACUGAACGUUAAUCAGAUAUUGUGCAGAGAGUUUAUUUGGGAGGCUCGAAGAAAUGAAUUAAGACAGCCACGUGAAGCUGCUUGUAAAAAAAAGAAAGAUAAAGAAGCGGGAAUUUUCAGCAUUCAGGUAUUUGGAGGACAUGAUGUAGAGCAGGGGGAUUUUCCUCACAUGGGUGCCAUAGGUUGGAAGGCGAUUGACGACACCGAUGGUUUGUGGGUGUUCAAGUGCGGCUGCACGUUAAUUAGUCACAACUUCGUGCUGACGGCAGCGCACUGCACUCACGUGCCUGUAGACUCCACCAUCGCUGAACCUGACCCCAAGAUUGUGAGACUAGGAGACAAGAACAUCAUUAAAAAUGCAAGAGAUGGAAAAAAUGAUUUCAAAAUCAUUCGCACCAUCGUUCACCCACGAUACGCAUCGCCAAGGAAGUAUUAUGAUAUAGCUCUCAUGGAGCUGGAAAAAAAGGUAGAAUUUUCUACUCUGAUUCGACCUGCGUGUUUGUGGAAUGGUCUCAUUUUUGACAACAAAGACUUACCGCACCGGCCGACUGUGACGGGGUGGGGAGCGGUUGAAUCUGCAAGCAAGAUAAUUUCACCUGAACUACAAGUAGCAGAGCUGGAUAUUAUACCAAAGGAUACCUGUGAGGAACUUCUGCGCCCAAGCUGUAAUAGGAACUUCUGUAGUGUCUUCCACAGCCAGGUCUGCGGAGGCAACCUCACCGGGGGUGUAGACACUUGUCAAGGUGACUCCGGUGGUCCAUUCCAAGUAGAGCUGGACCUUCCUGAAGACAUGUCGGGUCGCAUGCACUAUGUGUUAGGCAUCACCUCGUUUGGAGUCGGCUGCGGAAGACCCGAUACGCCAGCCGUCUACACCGCUGUGUCAUUCUUCACAAGGUGGAUUGAAGAGAAUGUUUGGCCCGAUGAAUAUAUAUAAGCCACUAGCAGCUGUUUCUACUCAUUUUGUUUGGUCCAAUAAUGUGUUCUCGUUAGAAUAGAGGGAUAAAAAGUGUCAGCUUAUAAUGUUUGCUCGUUAUAAUACCGGGAUAUGUUAAUUAGAUACCAAAUUUUCAUCAAAAUUUCUGAGUCGUUUUGCGUGAAAAGUAGCAAGUCUAUAUUCAUCCAAUAAUCAGAAAGUAUUUAUUAUGGUAAUUUUAAUAAAAAAUUGCUCGACCACGUUAUAACAGCAACCGUAGAAGUAAAGGUUCAUUUUGUAUUAUUUUAUGGAGACAGAUCGUUACAAUAUACAAUACAUGACUUAUAAUAUA